AUGGUAUUACCAAAAAAACAAGUUGUCAAUCAAACACACGAAAGAUGCUUCGAGGUAGAAAAAAGUCCAAACAAUUCCAACCCCUUGUUGGAUACUACAGUACCACUUUACGAUUGGGAUACUUAUACGCAAGGUUUAAUAUUGUCCUCGGUGUUCUGGGCAUACGGACCCAUGCAUUUCGUCUACGGGCCAUUGAUUCAACGCUUUGGUGGCAAGUUUUUCUUGGGCCAAGCAAUUUUCCUUCCCUCUCUCCUGACCACUUUGAUUCCAUUUGCCGUCAAAUGGAGAGGAUCGACGGCUCUGAUAGCUUUGCGCUUCCUUUUUGGUUUGAGCAGUGGUGCCAUUUAUCCAGCCAUUGGUUCGAUGUCACCCCACUGGCUACCAUCGUCCGAACGCACGAGUUUCGGCAUUAUUUGCGCUGGAUACGAAAUCGGUACGAUACUGGGAUCCAUCAUCCCCGCCCUGAUUAUUAAGUACUCCGGUUACGGAUGGCCCGCUGUUUUUUACUGUUUCGGCACUCUGGGCGUGAUUUGGCUCCCCUUUUGGAUUUUACUCUGUUACAACAACCCGGACGAGCACCCCUUCAUAUCGGACGAGGAAAAAAAGUUUUUACAAGAUAGUACGAAGCAUGGCUUGAACAAGACGACCCGACCAGCUCCUUAUCGGCACAUCCUCAAAUCCAUGCCUUUUUGGGCCUUCACGAUGGGACUUUUGGGAACCAAUUGGACGUACUUGGGUAUGGCCAACGAUCUGCCCAAGUUCAUGAAAAGCCUCGGACUGGCCAUCGACAAAAUCGGCUACGUGGCGGCAGCUUCGUAUUUCCUGAUAUGGUUGAACUCGGUACUGUCAUCGUGGCUGGUCAAUUCAGCGCUCUCCAAGGGGAUGACGACGGUAGGGAGAAUAAGAAAAGCCGUGGGUUCGAUGGCAAUUCUCGGACCGGUGAUGUUUAUUAUUUGCGCCUCGUACGCGGGAUGCAACGAGCACCUCGUCGUAGCGGCGUUUGUCAUAGGCAUGACGCUCAUGGGCUUUGGUAACGUCAGCGUUAGCGUGAACCACCUAGAUCUGAGUCCCAAUUUUUCCGGGACUUUGCUCUCGAUUUCCAACGGACUGAACACCCUCUGCGGGGUCGUGUCGCCGUACAUUGUAGGCUUGAUGACAACCAAUCAGACGAUUGCCGAGUGGCGGUCGGUCUUUUGGAUCAACUUUGCCGUGGCCGUGGUCACUUGUGCUUGUUUCGUCGCUUACGGCAGUGGAGAGAUUCAGUACUGGAACGAUAUGAAUUUCAAGAGAAAUGUCAAGACUAUCGAGAGGUUGGAUUCACUUUAA